AUGAAGCGCCCGGCAACCCUCAAGAAGCCCAGUGCCUCCUUCCAUAAGAAGAUCCACAAGGACGGCAAGAACAAAUGUUCCUUCGUGUUCCCUUCAGACGAAUGCCCCGUCUGCCAUAAGAAGCUCUUCAUCCGCCAGGAGAAAAUCGUUGAUGCAAUUUUGAUUGGCGCCGAAACAAUAACCGAUGUGAACACUGUUUCCAAGCAGUGCAACAUGUGCCGCAACACUGUGCGGCACAACCUGGUCACCCUUGGAAAAGAGUUGGUCAACACCAUGUCGUUAGAGGAAAUGCGAACCACGGGUGCCUUUUUCGUCACUUCGAAGACUGCUUUCUCCAUCCCCUUCCUGGAGCUGACGUAUCUUCGAUUGUUGCGGGGCAAGCUUGCGCCAGGACAGGAAGCAGCUGUGCUACAGCUCUACCAUGUCGGGGACGACAGACUUCCGACUGGACGUCGUCUUCGAGAGCUUCUUCUGCGUGCCCUCGAAGGCUUUGCGGUGGCCCAAAGGACUCCCAAGCAGGCAAGCAACUUCAACAUGGCCUACCCCGCGGCACACCUCACGAAGAUGGAUAAAGUCCUCCUCUUUCCACCAUCGGAUGCGGUGGACGCGAUUUCCUUUGAUGGCCACUUCGGCAUCCACCGUGGCCUAUGCCCAGUCGAUCCGCCAAGGACGGUGCGACUUAAGGGGCACCCCCGCAAGAAGAUCCUUAGAGAACAUGACCGCAGCUGCACUUGCCGGUCGAAGGAUUCUAUUCGGGUGGUUCUCCCUCAGCGAACUGCCGGCUGGCAUUUCGCAGUUGAUCCCUCGAGCCGGAGAGUCCUUGGAGCCGUGGAGCAUGUUCAAAACGAAAACAACAAGGACAAGGUUCGUCUCCUCAAGGCGGUGAUGAACAUGGACCAAGUGGAGGCCGACUUGCUGAUUCACGACGAUAUCUGCCACUUCCAACAGUAUGCCUCUCGCAAGAAGCAUGCAACAGACUUCAACUCCAUUCGCUACUACGUGGUCGAUGCAUUCCAUGCACCUAACCACAAGUGUUCAAAGUCAACUUGGACUCCAGCUGAGCGAAGGCGCUGUCGCAAUGUCAGAACAAAUGUAUCCGAGUCCUUCAAUGCGUGGGUUCGCAGCUUGAAUUUCUUUCUUAACAACCUCCGUCCCAAGUCCCAUCGCUUCUGGGUACAGGAAAUGUGUAACUUCUACAACAACAAUCUGCAGUCUGUCCCGAUUCGCAUUUCCCGACGCAGAAAUGUCCUUGGCAGAGCCAAGAAGAUGUUGAAGCGUCCCGCAGCUGUGCAGAUGUUGAAGCGUCCCGCUGCUUUGCAGAUGUUGAAGCGCCCUGCUGCCAUACAGAAGCGUCCGGCCAGUUCUCGUUAG